AUGAUGACUUGCCGGGGUGGAUGCUGCUGCAACAGCAUCGGUCCCUUAAAUGAAGACAAUGCAAGAUUUCUCCUGCUUGCUUUGCUGAUCAUCAUCUACCUGCUAUGUGGAGCGGCGGUGUUUUCUGCCUUGGAGCAUCCGAAAGAGACGCUUGCCAAAGAUAGAUGGACUCAGAGGAUCGACCAGUUCACCCAGAAGUACAACCUUAGCCAAGACGACCUGAAGAACUUCUUGAGGAACUAUGAGGAGGCCAACGUGGCCGGUAUUCGUGUGGACUCAACCAGACCUCGAUGGGAUUUUACCGGGGCUUUCUAUUUUGUCGGGACAGUGGUGUCAACCAUAGGUUUUGGUAUGACAACACCUGUCACUAUCGCAGGGAAGAUAUUCCUGAUCUUUUAUGGCCUCAUUGGUUGCGCCGCGACCAUUCUGUUCUUUAACCUAUUCCUGGAACGUGUCAUCACCGUGAUUGCAUUCGUCCUGAAAUUCUGCCAUGAAUGCAGAGAACAGCGAAAAGCAGGGCCACCUCAAAACUGCCGACGUCUCUCCAUCAGCAGUAGAGAACGGCAAACAGACAGCUUGGCUGGCUGGAAACCUUCAGUAUAUUGCGUAAUGCUCAUCUUGGGAGUUGCCGCCAUCUUAGUUUCUUGCUGCGCAUCUGCAAUGUAUUCCUCAGCUGAGGGCUGGGGGUAUCUGGAUUCCCUCUAUUUCUGUUUUGUGGCUUUUAGCACGAUUGGCUUCGGUGACAUGGUGAGUAACCAACGUGAGAUGUAUAAGGCUCAGGCCGCCUACAGGGUUGGAAACUUCCUAUUCAUACUAACAGGGGUGUGUUGCAUCUACUCUCUGUUCAAUGUAAUUUCCAUCGUUAUCAAGCAAUUUCUCAACUGGCUUCUGCAAAGGCUGGAGUCUCCUUGCCUCUGCCCUGGCACAGGGAACCGCCAUCUACGGAGAAAUGCGGUAGUGCCUGGGCACACAAGAAAACGGCGUGACAACUCCAUUGAGACAGAUACAGUUAAUGAUAGUGAGAUCGAUGGACGUCGAAUGUCUGGAGAGAUGAUCUCCAUGAAGGACUUUCUGGCUGCGAACAAAGUUAACCUGGCAAUCAUGCAGAAGCAGUUGUCAGAGAUGGCCAACGGGCAUCCUCGCCAGUCAGGGUCCAGCUCACGGAAUGAGUUCUCAGGAGGUGUUGGUGCGCUGGGAAUAAUGAACAACAGGUUGGCUGAGACAAGUGUAGAUAGAUAA